AUGAGUCGUCAAGUGGACGUGAAAGCUUUAAUUUCACACAUUGUCAAAGGAGAUGGGCAGGACAAGUGCCGAAUAUGUUUGGGAGAUACGUCGGAAGGCCAAGUAUAUCUUGGGGACACUGUAAUGCUGGACGGCGACCGCCCUGUGACGCUUGCAGAGCUUUUGGAAACCAUUACAGGAGUCGAGGUGGAGGAUGGAACGGGACUGCCUCCAGGACUAUGCUGCAAUUGUUCCCUCGCUACUAUCUCCGCCUUUACCUUCAGACAGACCUGUUUAGAAUCUCACAAUCACUGGAUUAGAGCUACUGACAGUCUGUACACUAUUGAGACACCGUCCCAGUACGAUAAAACUUACUACAUCUUCUAUAACGACGGUACGGAAACUAUAGUCAAGGAUCAAAUGCAGCAUGCGACGAAUAAAGAAGAGGCUUUAACCAGACUGACAAUGAAAGUUGACGAAACCGAUAUCAAACGUCGUCCAGAGAGAUUAGUCUUAAAAUGCCAGUGCCCGGAUUGUGGGAAACUCUUUACGAUGCCUCAUUACCUGAAUGAACACCUUAAGGGAUCUGUUAAAAGAGCUUGUCUUCGAUGCGGAGAUAUAAUUGAAAGAAAGCUUUAUUCGAAACAUUUAGAAAAAAAGCAUAAUAUAAAAAUGUUUUCUUGCGAAAAAUGUUUCGAACUUUUCGACGCUGAAAGCGCUUACAAAUAUCACCAGUUCAUCUACCAUGCUAAUCAUAAAGAAACUUGCCAAGUUUGUCGGUCCAGUUUUGUGAACCUUAGAGCUUUACGCGCCCAUAUGUAUUCACAUAAUUUAUUCCACUGCACAUCCUGCAACGCCAGUUACGAGAACCGCAAAUGCAUCAAAUAUCAUCAAAGACUUUGCUCAAAUGCGAAUAAAAUUACCAACAAAUUUGAAAAUUACGUCUGUGAUUAUUGCAACGCAAAGUAUGAUAGGAAACCGUCUUUAAAAACACAUAUUAUUCAGAAACAUUUACAAGUUUUACCUUUCGUUUGUCAGACGUGUGGUAAACGGGCUUCAACACUAGCACAUUUAAGAUCCCACGAAAACGUCCAUAUGACAAAAAGGAAAGUUUAUCAAUGCCGUUGCGGAGCUAAAAUGCGUACAGAAUUAGGUCUAAAAUUGCAUCAAAGAAUUCACAGCGGGGAAAGGCCUUAUCAGUGUGAAGAAUGCGGAGACUGCUUCCUCUCGUCGUCUAGAAGACUUGAUCACAUUAAGAGACGUCAUCGGUCUUCCAAAGACAUGGCACAUGGAUGCGAAAGAUGUGCGGCUAGAUUUGUUAGGCCGUUUGAACUGAAGAAACACUACAUGUCCGUGCAUUUAAUGGAUGUUGAUAUUUUACCCGUGAAACGAAGGCUCAGGAAAGGAUUAGCGUGAAGGUACAAGAGGAGCCUCUGUGUCCCCCUGGAGCUUGUGUAACCUGUACUACCUCGUUAGUAGCCGCUCAAGAAUUUAGAAACUUUGUCCGAAUUUCUCAAAGUUUAUGGUUCAAAGCUCUGGACAGCUUAGAAGCA